GCUGUUUAACGGGGCAGAGCUUCAGUUUGGGAAGUUCUGUGUGCGGGUGGAUAGUGUGAUGGCUGCACCACAAUGUGUGUGUGCCUAACCCCGCUGAGCCGCACACUUACAGAUGGUUAAGAUGGCAAAUUCUACAUUGUCUAUGUUUUACCAUAAUAAUAAUGACAAUAAUCAUAGUAAAGAGGUUGUGCUCGCUCUCUGGCUGGGUUUUUCAUCUCUGACGCAACGAAAACAAAGCAAACAGGUGUGGGGCAGGGCAGCCUGCGAAAGCCAAGGGGCCGCCUCGUCCCCGCGGAGGAGCCCAGCUCCCGCCCCAGGGACAAUGACCAUCGGACGCAGCGGCCACCCCCACCUGGCGCCGCCCAGCGUCCCCUCUCCGGACCUGCCGGCAGCGUUUCACGCGUCUCCGAGGGAGCAGCCGGCUGCGCGCUGCCCAGGGACUCAUCUCCGGGCGCCUGAGUCGCCGGCCUGCCCGGCGCCGGGUCAGGGGCGCAGGGGCUUCGGACGCCCCUCUGCAGCCCGAGCUCCGCCGGGGCCAUCGCUGCCGGGCCAGCCGGCGAGGCGGCGCCGACCCCGCAGAGCCCCCGGCCCGCCCGGCGCGCGGGGCACAUGGACGCGCGCGCACCCGAAGCCCCCCACGGGGACGCGCUGCGGGACGCGGCAGAAAAUCUAUUUCAGGAACUUCAAGAACAUUUCCAAGCUCUGAUUGCAACAUUAAACCUCAGAAUGGAAGAAAUGGAAAGUCGCCUUGAGGACUUACAGAAGAACGUAAAUGACUUAAUGGUGCCAGCUGGGAUUGAAGAUUCUAUUCAAGGACAAAUGCACCCACAGUUCAACAACAGUCGAGUCAAUGUGACCCCGUGGCAGGCCCACCAGCGCUAGUCCAAGUGGUCUGCAGGCAUCGCAUCAGACAGCAGACGUUAUCAUGCCUCCACACCACAGAAAACGAAGCUCCAGGAGGCCGCUUAUCAAGGUCCUCAGUAAGCAGCAGAGGCUGCUGUGAAACCAGACAGGGGCCGCAGAGUGUGGUCCCCACCCCCUGUGCUGCCUCCACGCUCCACACGAGCACUUUCUGUUUAGUAUGCACUGGGAAGCGCCCUCCCAUGUGCUGCUGGGACAGGAGAUUCGGAAGAGAAACCUGAGACUGUGGAAGCAGACUACGGAUCCACACGGAUCAAGGAGUCGUGGUUUCUACAGACUCCACAGAAAAAGACAAUUUGAGUACAUUAGAUUACGAUCUUUGGGAGAAUAACAACAGCUCUUACUAUUCACAUUUAAAAGGAAGGCUCCAAAAAUCAUUAUUUUACUGCAUGGUUUGACUAACCAGAAGAAUAAAAAAAUACUUUUUUCUUUAAGUAUGUAUUCUUUCUGAACUCAAAGCUUUGGAUUCUGUUGUGGGUUGAAUUGUGCCCCCUGAAAACUCCUAUAUUGGGAGCCAACUGCCCAGGACCUCCAAAUGUGAUCCUACUUGGAGACACGGCUGUUGCAGAUUAAUCAGUUAAGACGAGGUCAUGCUGGAGUAGAGCCAUCCUUAUCCAAUGACCGGUGUCCUCACAAACAGGGAAGUUUGGACGCAGAAGCACACAUACGGAGAAGGUGUGUGAAGAAGGCCGGGUCAGGGUAGCAGACAGAUCCUCCUGACUCCUGGCCUCCACCCAGUCUGUGGGCCCUCGUAUAGCAGCCCCAGGAAACUCAGAGAUACCACUGCCAAGUGCGCAAGACACCGCAGCCCAGAGGACAUGCACCGCAACUUCACUUCAAUGGUAAAGAUGAAAAUUAAGUUUUGACGACCAAACUCAGUGAUCUAUACAUCAAGUUUCUUAAGAAAUAACCGACUAUGACUGCUCACCACCAUGUAUUUUAUUUAUCUCAGCUAGAUAUUUACAGAUAUUUGCUAACACAGAAAGGCGAUGGCUGGGCA